UGGGCACGUCCUCCUCGCGGCGCGGGCCACGCACUGCUGUGCACUUAACCUCUGCCAGCCUGGCGGGAACCCGGAGGCCGGAGCGGCGCGGACGGCACGCAGUGCUGCCGGCGGGGAGCCGAGGCCUGCAGCCGCUGCCGGGCCGACGAUGACUUGUUACCGAGGCUUCCUGCUGGGCAGCUGUCGUCGCGUGGCUGGGGGCCGGGCAGCGGCGCUCAGGGGGCCGGGCGCGGGAGGCCCCGCCGCGCGGCCGUGGCUUGGCUGUGAAGGCGGCGGCCGGCGGCACCUGGGGCACGGGCAGCCGCGCGAGCUGGCGGGCUGUGGUAGCCGCCCCGACGGCGGCUUCCGCCCGUCGCGGGUGGUGGUGGUGGCCAAAACCACACGGUACGAGUUCGAGCAGCAGCGAUACCGUUACGCGGAGCUCUCGGAGGAGGACCUGAAGCAGCUGCUCGCACUGAAAGGCUCUAGCUACAGUGGACUGCUUGAGCGGCAUCAUAUUCACACCAAAAAUGUAGAGCACAUUCUCGAUAGUUUACGGAAUGAGGGAAUUGAGGUUCGUCUCGUAAAGAGGAGAGAAUAUGAUGAGGAAACUGUUCGAUGGGCAGAUGCUGUCAUAGCUGCAGGAGGGGAUGGCACGAUGCUUUUGGCAGCAAGUAAAGUCUUGGACAGACUUAAACCAGUUAUUGGUGUAAACACCGACCCAGAACGGUCUGAGGGUCAUUUAUGUCUUCCUGUUCGAUAUACGCAUUCCUUCCCAGAAGCCUUACAGAAGUUCUAUCGUGGUGAGUUCAGGUGGUUAUGGAGGCAGCGAAUUAGGUUAUAUCUUGAAGGGACUGGCAUCAACCCUGUUCCUGUGGACCUCCAUGAACAGCAGCUGAGUUUGAAUCAGCAUAGUAGAGCCUUCAACAUUGAAAGAGUUCAUGAUGAAAGGUUCGAGGCUUCUGGACCCCAGCUUUUGCCAGUCAGAGCACUUAAUGAAGUCUUCAUUGGGGAGAGUUUAUCAUCCAGAAUGUCUUAUUCUUGGGCUGUAGCAGUGGACAAUUUAAGAAGAAGUAUACCCACUCUAAAGGGACUGGCUUCCUACUACGAGAUUUCAGUUGAUGAUGGUCCAUGGGAAAAACAGAAGAGCUCUGGGCUCAAUUUGUGUACUGGAACAGGAUCAAAGGCCUGGUCAUUCAAUAUUAAUAGAGUGGCACCUCAGGCUGUGGAAGAUGUUCUAAAUAUUGCAAACCGACAAGGAAAUUUAAGUCUUCCGUUGAACAGAGAAUUGGUAGAGAAAGUAACAAACGAAUAUAAUGAAUCAUUGCUCUACAGUCCAGAAGAACCAAAAAUACUUUUCAGUAUUCGAGAACCAAUAGCAAACAGAAUUUUCUCGAGCAGUCGUCAGCGUUGUUUCACCUCAAAGGUGUGUGUGCGUUCUCGGUGUUGGGAUGCAUGCAUGGUUGUGGAUGGAGGAACUUCCUUUGAAUUUAAUGAUGGAGCCAUUGCUUCAAUGUUGAUCGAGAAAGAAGAUGAGCUUCGAACUGUGCUUCUAGAGCAGUGAAGGAUUGCCUCAGAUGACCAUUUUGAUUGCCAGAGAAAUAGUUUUACUGCAGAAACAGCCUACCAGUCAUAAAGCUACAGUUUUUGGUUGUUGUUCAGACUGGUUGGCCUUGGGCUGAAAGGCGACCAAGAAAGUGAGAUUUGCAUUAUUCUUCUGAUGGAUUCUGAUGGAAAAGAUGUUCACUGUGUAAGAAAAUGGAGGACUAUACUGAUGAGAAUUCAUAACAGUGAAAUUUUGAUACUGCUUACAGUUGGUUUCCAAGAGUGCUGGUAUCUUUAUAAAUUGAGAGAGGUAGGCGCAAAUAAAAGAUUUAAUGUUUAGGAUUUGAAAUUUAACUGUACAAGUUUUUUUUUUUCCCUUCCUUUUCCUCCUCACUUUGUGGAAUUGGUCAGACCAAACACAUCUCAUUUGAUUAGUAUUUUUUUAUAGUACCUAAAGAUCAAGAUUUUUUAAAAAACUUUGAUGGAGAAUUUUGAUAAAUCCUGACAUUGACCUAAUUGAAGUAGGUAAAUGUGUUUUUAUAUAUCUGCCAAGAGUUUUCUAAUUUCAGGACACAAUGAUAUUGUUAUGACUAUUGAUUUAAACAGUUCAAUCAUUUUUGAAGUUAUUUAUAGAUGUUUUCAUUUAAUUGACUAUCAGGUUAAUUUUGACAAUGCUGGGUGAAAUAUAUACGGACAAAAUCAUGGCACUAUUACAAAUGUAUUAAUUAGCCAAUAAUUAUUUUAGGUCUUAGGUAACUUUUUUUUUAAUGAUUUGAGGCUGAUAAAGUUCUUCCAUAUUUAAAACUCGCUAACAUGGAUUUAAAGACUAAAAGGAUGAACUGAUUAGGCACAGUCUAUUGUGAGUUUGGUAAAACCUAUAAAAAUUUUCAUCUAGUGUUAGGAGUCUUGUCAGAAAGAAAGUGGACUGUUUAAUAAAUAUGCAAAACAUUUUAGUUUUAGAAUUGCCUUACUUAUUAUCAUGGUAAUUUUCACCUAGCUCAUAUUCCAAGUUUUACACAUUAGGUUUGGAGGAUAAAAUGUUGUGGCUUUUCUUUUUUUCCCAUUAUGACAGUUUCUUUACCUAAUUCCCGCUUUACUUAUAAGUAAUCCUAGAAUUAUCACAAAAAGUUCCUCUUGCUGCAUCAUGAGACAAUUGGUAUUCUUAUUCCAAUUAUUCAAAGUUGUAUUUUUUUUUUCCACUUGCUGUUAAAAAUUUGUCUUCAAUCACUGAAAUAUUUAUUGAACACCGACUCUGUGCCAUGUACUGUGUUGGUGCUGGGUGUACACUGGUGAUCUGAACAGCCGCCGUCCUGAUAGAACUGAAUCUGGUGAGCUCAGAAGUAGCUUCUGUGAAAUCUAGGAUGUGUAAUCAAACCGAGUGCUCUUAGUUUUGGCAACAUUUAUCAUGUUCUUGUCAGAUUUUUUUAAGUACUAUUAUUAUACAAAGAUAAUCUUAGGUUUUGAUGUAUAUCCAGAACAAGAAUUUGUUUUUCUUAGUUGAGAGUAACUGCAUAGAUACUACUUACAAGGAGUUUACAUCAUGCCUACAAUAAAAAUUGGUGUUUCCCCAGAGAUGGAUCUAGUUUCUGGUUUGAUUUAAUAAUGAUAUACUUAAGAUACCACUUUAUAAAGAAGUGAAAUUCCACACUAUAGAAACUCCCUAACAGGUUUAAAAUACCUUUUUGACAAAAAUGCCAACUCCAUCUUUAAUAUCAUGGAAAUCUGAUUGUCCAAAAUGGUACAUAGAUCUGUUUAAUAUGUAACAUAUUAAUAGGUAACCUGCUAUGUAAAAUUGUUUAGAAGCCAUAAUUUAAAGGUUUAAAAGCUACUUAAUGUGCUCCAUUUGUGAUAUAACCUCUAACAUUUCUGACCAGUUGUGGGAUUUAUUUGUACGAGAUGACGAGAGGCAAAGGUUGUUAGAAUAGCAAAAAUGUUCUUAUGAAUGAGUUCCUGUUAAUGGCAACUACAUGUGAAUAAAAGUAAACCAUUGUUAUCUUUU